AAAUAGUACAUCCUCGAGGCCAGGGCGAUUUAUUCCGAGCCACAAGAUAACAAAAUACACCGUCUCUUUGUGAUGACUCAUAGGCGAUGAAGCUUGUCGGAGUCUUUUAAGAGUGCUCGAAGAAAGGUAAAAAGGGGAAGUCGACUCGCCUCACGGUGUCGAGGAUUUGACCGCAAACCUUCGUAAAACACAAUGCCCAAGCAAACUGGGAAAGGCCUACUCUCUUAACGAGUUGCUCUGAAAAUCUUUACACGACGGUGACGGAGGUGAAAAUUCCGACAUACUUCACAUCAUCGUUCAAAAUAAUUACGCGAUUGUCGCAGUCAACGCCAGCGGCUCCCGGCUUGUGACUUUGGGCGUGGUGGGUACGGAAUAGGAAUCUAAUUCGUGUUACCUGCUCUGAUUUGGGAAUAUCGAUCACCCACCUUGAGAUGGUGAAGGAUACCGAAUACUAUGACGUGCUGGGAGUCAGUCCCACGGCAACUGAGGCCGAGAUUAAAAAAGCUUAUUACAUGAAGGCACGGCAAGUACAUCCAGAUAAAAACCCCAAUGACCCUCUCGCAGCACAAAAAUUUCAGGUUUUGGGCGAAGCUUACCAGGUUUUGAGUGAUCCAAAUCAACGACAAGCUUAUGAUACUCAUGGAAAAUCUGGAAUCUCAACUGAUGCAAUUAUUGAUCCAGCAGCAAUCUUUGCCAUGCUUUUUGGCAGUGAGCUUUUUGAGGAGUACAUAGGCCAAUUAGCCAUGGCAUCAAUGGCAUCAAUGGAUAUCUUUAGUGAGGGGGAAGAAUUUGAUGCUAAAAAGUUACAGGAGAAAAUGAGGGUUGUUCAGAAAGAGAGAGAAGAAAAGCUUGCGGAGAUACUUAAAAAUAGACUAAACCAAUAUGUCCAAGGAAGCAAAUUGGAAUUUACCAAGCAUGCAAAAGAUGAAGUGUCACGACUAUCCAAUGCAGCUUAUGGGGUUGACAUGUUGAAUACCAUUGGCUACAUAUAUUCAAGGCAGGCAGCGAAAGAGCUAGGGAAGAAAGCAAUUUAUUUAGGUGUGCCUUUCAUUGCUGAGUGGUUUAGAAACAAAGGACACUUUAUCAAAUCCCAAGUUACAGCAGCUACAGGGGCAAUUGCUUUGAUCCAGCUGCAGGAGGAUAUGAAGAAGCAGCUAACUGCAGAAGGGGACUACACUGAAGAACAGCUUGAGGAAUAUAUGCAAUCCCACAAGAAAUUAAUGAUUGACUCAUUGUGGAAGCUUAAUGUAGCUGACAUUGAGGCUACUCUUUCCCGUGUCUGUCAGAUGGUUCUUCAAGACAAUAGUGUUAAAAAAGAAGAACUCCGUGCACGAGCUAAGGGGUUGAAAUCUCUUGGUAAAAUUUUUCAGGGAGUUAAGACAGCCGAAGGGAAUGAGAAUGAAAAUGUACCAAAUAAACCAGGAAUACAUAAAUUGAAUGGUAGUGAAACGAGUGAUGACGCAUGUUCUCCUGGUACCUCUAAAAAAUGUUCAAAUCCUGAUCUUUCACCACACACUGACUCUCUGUCUCAGAGUCCCUAUGUGGAGGCCCCUCAAUUUCCAGGCUCGGACUUCAACUUCCCUAGGCCAACCGCACCCCCUGGUGCCCAGAGACUUCCAAUCAACAGGGAUUGAUGAUAGAUUUUGAUGCUCCUGUUUGUGUAUUUCUGUCUUGGCCGGUAUUGUAUCUAUAAUAUGUAUAUUUGGUUCGAUCUUAUUCUUGAGAUUAGGUUUUAUAGAUUUGCCUUGUGGAUUAUUAGGAUGAUUGGGAAUGGAUGGCCUUAUUUUUUCUUAUGGCUGAGGUGGCCUUGUUAUUAGGACCUCCUUUUACGGAGAUGCCAUGAUACAUGGAUGCUUCUAUGAAUCUUGUGUGGUACUAAGAUUAAUUAUGUACGAGAUUUUUAAUUAGUGAAUUUGAAGUGAAUGUCGAUCUUUUGCAAAUAGAAGCAUCACUUGUUUCAGACGUAGUUAUGGAACGCAUUUGUAUAGGUCCACACUCUUUUAUCUGCUAUUUUCCAUUAGUGAUGGAUGAAUUUUAAA